CAAACGUCACAUAUUUUUUACUCGACUUUAUUUUGAACUUCUUUAUUUUUUAAUAUUUUUUUUAAAAGCGCAAUGGGAGAAAGUAGAGUUCAGCUAUCGCUGCCUCAAAUGGUAGAUUUGGCAUUAGGAUCGCCUGAGGUUGGAGUUGUGAAUUUCAACAUUUUGCACUCUCUCCUUCACGUCUUAAUCCAACAAGUAGACCUGCUCGGUUGUAAGGUGGAAUUUAAGGGCGAUACCAGUGAAAGAGUGCAAACGCUAAUAAAAACAACUCCGCAAGCUCCCGCUGUAAGUCUCACCGAGUAUAUCGUAACACCGGAAAACGAGCAGCACAAAGUUAUUUCUAAAAAAGCACGAUAUAAGAAAGUGGAAACGAAAGGUAACAAGGAGGAAGGACUGUUUGAGCAAGACUUACAAGUUGCCGAGCAGAGUAGGGAACCGAAACAACAAACGGAACCGAAACAACAAGCAGACCAAGUUUCUUGGGCAGAAUCCGUGCAGACAGUAGUUGUUGUAGAGACUGGGAGCGCAAUUUCAACGCCACACACUUCAGUAGCCAUAUCCAAAGCUAACCUCUCUAAUUUGGAGAAGGAAUUAAACGAUCUAAGAAAAGAAGUGGAAGAACUGAAAGGAUUGCCUUCGAGUUUGGGUAUAAUCGACGCAAUACGGUCUAAAGAAACCGAUUCUCAGUUAGUAGACAUGUUUCAAUUUCUGACCAUCACGAAACGUAUGGAUGCUUUUGAAGGGGGUAUACAUAAACUGGCUGCUGUAGUUGAAGAUCUGGCGCGAGAGCGCGCAACAGGUACCUUGUUCCCGGACCAAGCACUUUUCAAUGAAGAAGGGAUGUCUCAGUCAUCGGGCCAGGAGGGUGGUGUAGGACAGAGUGUAGGUACUGGUGCAAGUGGCAAUAUAAACGAAUGGAUGCGAUCAGUCGACACACGAUUAAAAGCACUCGAAGGGACAACAGAUGCCGUGGGUGGUUCACCAGGAAAACUAGGACAAACUGCGACCACAAAAGAAGGAACAACAGAAGGAGUGGGAGGUUCACCAACAAAACUAGGACAAACUCCGACAGCAACAGAAGGAACAACAGAAGCAGUGGGUGGUGCAUCCAGAAAACUAGGAGGAACUGCGACAACAAAGGAAGGACAAACCGAAGCAGAGGGUGGUUCACCAAGAAAACUAGGACAAAGCGAAGAAGCUGCAGUAGGUGAAAAACAAGCGGACGAUCUUGAGAGCAAGUUCAAAGAGUAUGCAGAUUACAUCAACAGCAUGGAUAGUUCAUUUAACAGUCAAAUAGAUGCCCUUCAACAACACUUGACCGACCUCGAAAAAGAAAUAGGAGAAAUUGUGGAAAGAAUCAACGCCCAAAUGCCCGCCGGUGACAAUACCGUCGAAGGCGACAUGGGAGUUCAAGAGAUGUAUAAAAAAAUGCUCGCAAUGCAGACGGAAAUGGACCACCUUUCUGCAACGGCGGCAACAUUGCUAACUGAAAAGGAUAACAGACAAACGCAUAUGGAUGCGCUGCUCGAGCAAAUCGAGAUGCUGAAGACUGUUAAAGCGAAUCGCGAAGACCUAGAGGAUGCAUUGGCGAACAAAGCGGAUGCGUGUGCUGUAAACAAAAAGGUAUCGCACGACCAGUUUGAUGCCGCUUGUGAUGACAUGGCACGCAAUAUUGAGCUGGCACUUGUGAAACUUAGAGAACAGGAAACCCUGUGGUCCCAAGCCCUGGAGGAUAUCCAAACCGAAAUUGAACAUAAAUUAGAUAAAAUGGAGCUGACACCUCUGCGAGAUUUUGUACAUAACAAAUUGAAAAUGUUGCAAGAUCGACUUAAAGCGUUGGCCGCCCUGAAGCAAGACACCGAAGCUGCCGGAACUAAGAGCAAAUUCUUAAGGAACGUAAAUUGCAUAUCGUGCGAUAAAGACGUGGUGAUGCGAAGAGAAAUGGAUCCCACCCAGCUACCGGCACCUGCCGCAUUACCGCCCACGAAAAGCAUUGGACCGUACUUGGCCUACGAGCUGGAUCAACUGCGGAAAGAGCAGAAGUGCGCUCCGUAUGGCAGAAACAUGAAUCAUUUUGAAAUCGCGUUAAAUUCAACAAAGGGGGACAGACACCACAUCUGUAAUCGAUAUUGCGGAGGAAGUCACACGCUCACCACACCCCAGCAAAGGGUAGCUCGAGUGGGGCACUUCCUUCAACAGUGGGGAUCCGAGUCAGCAUUCGUCCACGAGGGAGAGGUCCGUGGAAUGGAUGGACAUAUGUACAAGGCGAGGAACGUUCUAGAUGUGGGACAGGCAGUAAUAGACUCUUCCGUAAAUCCUAAGCCUUCCAUGCUGAUAAGCAGCAUCAUUUCUAACAGAGUUUCCGAUAAGAAGGCGGAUGCUUUAAUUGAAAACGCAGUGCCUGCAUUAAAAACAAAAUAACAAGUUAUGUAAUGCAUCAAUACCUUGGGACAGUAAAUCAAUUUCAAGCGCUU